GAUGGAAUAUUGGAUUAAACGAGUUAAUUUUGUACGAUUUUUUCUGUGCUCUUAUGUUUUUACAGAAGACAAAGAGUGAUGGUAGCGUUUAGAGUAAUCAUUUGUGUCUGUAAUAAAACAAUUGUCUCGGAAUUCGACGGGAACAUUCUUUGACGUUUGUUUCCACGUGGUGACCGUCAGAAUUUAGUCUACGUGUUAUAGUAAAAACCUUGUAGUGGCAAUUAAAAGUCCUCGACCGCAUUCCACGGAGACAUGGAGUCCUUAAACAUGUCCAAGCUCAACUUAUCCAGCGUUAGAGGGAGUACUUCCCAGGAGAAUGGAACAAAUAAAGAGCCAUACGAAGUGAAACUGGAAUCAAUUACAUUAACAGAUCCUGAUCAUGAAUAUAAUUGUGAAUACAGAGAUGAUAUUUGGCAAAACCUGCUGGCACAGGAAGCCGAAAAACCCACCAUACACUUACAAUCACCACAGUUGGAAUUCCGUGGAACACUAGUGCAGCAACUCCGUGAUGUGACAAAGAAGCUUGGCUUGAGUAUCGCUACCCUGCAUGCGGCUGUGGCACAGUUGGACUUGUUUAUGGAUGCACACAGACUCAGAGCAGACCGGCUGACUCACGUUGCGCUUGCCUGCCUAAGUCUAGCGGCAAAGAGCGAAGAGAAAGCCAGCCGAGCUCCCACUCUGAAGACUUUAGCCAAAAUAAGUGGCGUUCAACUAUGCGGCAAGACUUUCAGACAAUUGGAGUGGAUGGUCGGUCAACAUGUCCGUUGGAGGCUGUUAGCACCAACCCCCGUGAGCUUCGCAGCACUUCUAGCUCAGUAUGUGGUCACUGACGCUGACCUCACAACUAGGCAUCCGAAGUUCGUGAGACGUUUCAAACGAGACGGUGCUAAACUGCUGGAAGCUUAUUUGGACUUAACAUUGUCUGACGUGCGGCUGAAGGUGGUGGACUCUGUGGACGUGGGUUGCGCGUGCGUGGCGUGUGCGCGCGCAGACCUCGGCCUAUGCGCGUGGCCCGUUUGGCUGGCGACUGCAGCCGGUAGGAAGCCCACCAGCGUCGCGCCCAUCGCACGACUAUUGCAGAGGAUGAUGCAGAUACUGAAGUCGCGUGAGACCAACGUCGAUUCGGAAGCUGAUCAAGGAUAUAGCAGCGCUAGGACUUCCCCGAAUCUGACUCCGAAUGCUUCUCCUGGGUAUCAAAUAUCACCGGCGUCCAGCACUUGCAGCACCUCAUCCAGAUCACACAACUACGAUUACCGUCAACGUCCAAUCGAGAACAGACCGGACAACGCUUAUUCAGUCCUAGACGUGACCGAUACCAAUCCAGAACCGAACGUAGACGUCCAGCAAUACUAUCAAUUACCAACAGCUGUCGAUAUGAGAUGCCAGAGGGUGAACAAUCCAGCUGAUUACAGGUAUUGCAGGUCUCGUAGAUUAGUAGAGGCUAGUUUAGAUAACGUCCAACCUUCUACGAGUAUGGCUGUGAAACGUGGUCUAGACACCAACGUUGAAUUAGAAAAUAAACGUUUCCGUUUGACGACUCAGAUGUCUCAAGUGGUUCUAUGAUUAUUUCUAGUCUAUAUGUGCAUGUUCACUAUACAAGACUGCCUUUAUUUAUAUGUCAUUAAAGUAGAAAAUGACAAAUGUUUAGUG